GGCACUGGGGAGCAUGGGGUGUUUGGAAUAAUUAUUGAAAUCCGCGUGUGCCUGCGCCAUCCUGUGGGUGUGGCGCAGAGCGGAGUGUAAACUCUAGCGGGGCUGGAGCAAACAUUGGAUUAGCGGCAGCAGCCUGCCAGCCUGCCCGAGGAGUGCGGGGACCCGCAGCACGCCACCGGCACCAUGGCCUCGUCUCAGGGGAAGAUCGAGCUCAAAUUCGCCGACUGGAUGGCAACUCUGCCUGAGAGCAUCCACAGCAUCCCCCUCACCAAUCUGGCCAUCCCAGGGUCUCACGAUUCCUUCAGCUUCUACAUUGACGAAGCCUCCCCAGUCGGCCCCGAGCAGCCCGAAACCGUCCAGAAUUUCGUCUCCGUGUUUGGAACUGUGGCCAAGAAGCUGAUGCGGAAAUGGUUAGCCACCCAAACGAUGAACUUCACGGGCCAGCUAGGAGCCGGGAUCCGUUACUUUGAUCUCCGCAUUUCCACCAAGCCCAGAGACCCCGACAAUGAACUCUACUUUGCUCAUGGCUUGUUCAGUGCCAAAGUCAAUGAAGGCCUUGAGGAGAUCAAUGCGUUCCUCACGGAUCACCACAAGGAGGUAGUGUUCUUGGACUUCAACCAUUUUUACGGGAUGCAGAAGUACCACCAUGAGAAAUUGGUCCAGAUGCUGAAAGACAUCUAUGGCAAUAAGAUGUGCCCGGCCAUUUUUGCGCAGGAAGUCAGUCUCAAGUACCUGUGGGAGAAGGACUACCAAGUGCUGGUCUUCUACCACAGCCCCGUGGCUCUGGAGGUGCCCUUCCUCUGGCCGGGGCAGAUGAUGCCUGCUCCCUGGGCCAACACCACCGACCCAGAGAAACUCAUCCAGUUUCUGCAGGCGUCCAUCACGGAGAGAAGAAAGAAGGGCUCGUUUUUUAUAUCUCAGGUGGUGCUGACGCCCAAAGCUAGCACUGUGGUCAAAGGGGUGGCCAGUGGCCUCAGAGAGACAAUCACCGAAAGAGCUCUCCCUGCCAUGAUGCAGUGGGUCCGCACGCAGAAGCCGGGAGAGAGUGGCAUCAAUAUCGUCACCGCCGACUUUGUAGAACUCGGUGAUUUCAUCAGCACCGUCAUAAAGCUCAACUAUGUCUUUGAGGAAGGAGAAGCCAACACUUGAUAGUACUGUCUGAGCCUUCAUGAGUAAGAUAGCAAAGAUGCAUUGUAUUAGGCAUAUUAUCUACAAACACGCUGAUCUUCCUAUUCCACUGAGUCUCGGAGGGACUUAGGGCUGGUAGUGGGUGGGAAAAGGGGGAAUCCAUUUCUUGAGUGAUUACUAUCAUAGUCUGCACUAGUAUAAAUAUUUCAUUUCCCGUUGGAUGAGCAACAUCUCCUUCUAGUGUUAGAGGUUUUAAAAAAGACCAGUGAAUUUUGUUUUUCAGAAUUAGUCUUUGUAACGUGUAACUCGCGAGUGUUGACUUGAUUGUGUUUCUGGUUUCAGCCUAGAUCUCCUACGCGCUCUCCGUAUCCUCUGAUUGAACUUUCCCGCUCCCCCUCCCGUGCUCUCUUUUUAAUCAGAUGCUGUACGGGACUCAAAACGAUGGACUGUCCCAACAGAACAUGUAUUACAUUGUUGCACUAACAUUUAUUUGUUGUGUGGGACUUGGCAUAGUAUUCUGUCGUCAUCUGCAAUUGGGCAAUCAUUGCUAACUUUGGGUCAUGGAAAAUAUGCAAGUCAUUUUCCCUGCAUCAGUGAUAUUGGAGGCUGCAACCAGUGAUUUUUGUGUUAUAAGAAAAUAAUAGUGUUUCAUAGUAUUUCUAUUUAAGGCAGCUAUAAAUAUAGAGUAAACAAUUCUGUGGAAGAACUAUUCGUGCCAACUCUAUAGUGCAAAAUGGGGGUGGGGGAUGGUUGCUGUUUUAACUCAGAAUCUCGUAGUAAUAUUGCCCUGCAAACACCCAGUCCAUGAAAAAGGAUGAAUGAAGAGUGUGCUAAAAUCAGACGACUUUGCAAAGAACUCUUACAACAGCUCUCCUGACAAUUCAUUUGAUCUUUUUUGAAAAGGGGAAGAAAAGAAAGAGAAAGAAAUAAAAGAUUGUGCAAGCUUUCUUAUCCAAUUGGGAUUUCCAAUGAUAUAAAUCUAAAUUCCAGAUUUUGAGGAGCAUAUUUCAAGAAGCUUUCAUUUGAGGGUUUUUUUUUCUUAAAGUUGAAGGAAAAGGAAGGGUGACAGAAGGAGUCAGAAUAAUGCUUUUGAAACUAUGUCCAUGAGAUUUCAAGGACCUAUGAACUGCCUUUGGCAGAUUCUUAAAUACGUGUGAUCUGAGCAGACUUAAUGAAAACUGAUUUGGCCCUUCUGGGUUCCGUUCCCCCCCCCCCCCGGGGUCAAGAACGAGGCAGAGGAGAACAUUCUUGUAGUCUAAUGUUUGACAGUCCAGUUGUACAGGGAAGAAAAAGGGAAGAAAAAUGAUAACUCAAGUAUGAGUAUUGAUUCCUCCUCGCUGUCCCUGUGAUA